GCAGUUUCCGGCGUGAGCGGCGAAAGCCGGGAGGGCGAGCGAGAGAGCGACCAGGCAGCAGGCUGCCGGCGGGCGGGCGGACGGCACGGAGGGAGGGAGCAAGCGAGCAGUGAGUGAGCCAGCGAGGGCGGCCGGGUCCCGAAGUCAGCCGAGAUUUCUCAGGUCCCUCCGGCCCCCUCCCUGGAGUCCACAGCGCCUCCGGUGUCCAGCGGAUCGGACACGGCCCGGCCCGGCCAUGGCCUCGUUGCUGAAGGUGGAUCAGGAAGUGAAGCUCAAGGUUGAUUCUUUCAGGGAACGCAUCACAAGUGAGGCAGAAGACUUGGUGGCAAAUUUUUUCCCAAAGAAGUUGUUAGAACUUGAUAGUUUUCUGAAGGAACCAAUCUUAAACAUCCAUGACCUAACUCAGAUCCACUCUGACAUGAAUCUCCCAGUCCCUGACCCCAUUCUUCUCACCAAUAGCCAUGAUGGACUGGAUGGUCCCACUUAUAAGAAGCGAAGGUUGGAUGAGUGUGAAGAAGCCUUCCAAGGAACCAAGGUGUUUGUGAUGCCCAAUGGGAUGCUGAAAAGCAACCAGCAGCUGGUGGACAUUAUUGAGAAAGUGAAACCUGAGAUCCGGCUGUUGAUUGAGAAAUGUAACACGGUCAAAAUGUGGGUACAGCUCCUGAUUCCCAGGAUAGAAGAUGGAAACAACUUUGGGGUGUCCAUUCAGGAGGAAACAGUUGCAGAGCUAAGAACUGUUGAGAGUGAAGCUGCAUCUUAUCUGGACCAGAUUUCUAGAUAUUAUAUUACAAGAGCCAAAUUGGUUUCUAAAAUAGCUAAAUAUCCCCAUGUGGAGGACUAUCGCCGCACCGUGACAGAGAUUGAUGAGAAAGAAUAUAUCAGCCUUCGGCUCAUCAUAUCAGAGCUGAGGAAUCAAUAUGUCACUCUACAUGACAUGAUCCUGAAAAAUAUCGAGAAGAUCAAACGGCCCCGGAGCAGCAAUGCAGAGACUCUGUACUGAGGCCAGGGCCAGGGCCAGGGGACUCUGUGAGUCUGGCUCAAGACCGACAUUGCCUUGGUUUGUUACAUGACUAUCGUGAUGGGGAAACUGGCUGGAAAUAGUAAUCACACCUCUCUGUUUUUAGUUAGAGUCUAAUGAAACUCUCAUCUAGUUCUGUGAUGUGUUUACCUCUUUUUUCAGGCCUCAGGAACUCUUCUAUUUCCUUCCCUAAUACCCCACACCCAACCUGUCGUAAUUUCUGGAAAACUCCAGGUUUGUGUGUGCAGGAUGUUGGCACAAAAAUACUUGUGUUUUCACUCUCCUCCUCUCUCCCUCCUGUGUCUUGCGCUGUAUGUUUUCUUCCUUUUGAUAAUUAGUUGGUUAAAAGCUGAAGGGAACCGGAAGGAAAGUGCUAGGUGUUUUUUAGGAACUAGGGUGGUGGGGGGAUGAACUUCUCUUCCUCACAUGAGGUUACUGUUUCUUUCCUCUGUGGGGCAUUGGAUCCUUCCACAGUUGCCCUGGUGAUGACUUCGGGCUUUGCAUCUGUGUACAUCCCACCUUGAAUCUUGAUCAUGACAAGAAACACGUUAGGCCUUCAGUCAAUUCCCAAGCUCCUUCCGAUGUUUUUAUAAUGGGCGUUUUCGCAUGCACAUAUGUGUAUGUACGUAUACACCCAUACAGACAUGCACACACACACUCCUACUCCAUUAGCUCCUCCCUCUCCACAAUCCCUGUCAUGUACCUUUCAGGAGGUGAUGGUUGUCUUAGUUGUCAUCUACCCAAACAAACGUCCUGGGCCCGUCCUCCCUCCUGAUACUGUAGCCUCUUGGUACCUAGGGUGAGUUGGUGGAGAACAGAGAGAUGAGAAGCAGAGGGCUUGGGGAAGGCCUGUUCCUCUCUGACUCAGCCCUUUUUGGCAUUAUUGCAAAAGCUUGACUCCUGGUUGCCUUUUCCCAGCCAGUUGUCAGUCGGGGUGAAGAUGUCUGCAAGUAUGAGGUCUGGACGCUGCUGCUCAUGUUGGGCUUUCCUUUUGGGAAAUAUUUCUCUUAUUUAUAGUGUCGGGCUUCUGGGGAAAGCAAUCAUUGGUGUGUAUGUGUAUGUGCACGCACACACAUACAUAUACACGUUUGUGUAUGUGGAAAUGCGCUGGGCAAGUCAAAGCUAUAGAAGAGUUGCCUCCUGUCUCUCGAAUCUUCCAGAGAUAUCACUUAACUGUUAACAGCUUUCGUGUUAAUCCCCGUCAGCCCCCAGCUCUUUUAUUCUACCACGGCUGGAGAGUUGAUACCUGCAGUCAGCCUGCCAGUAACUCUUAGUGUCUGUUUCUGACUUAUUCUUCCUGUCUCUGUCUUCCAACCCCCAAUAAUAUUUCCACCUAGGAUGCAUCAUUUGUACUCCCGAUACUCUGUAGAGAAGGAGUCAGGAUGCUGUCUUCCCACGAAUAGUACUCAGUAACAAACCAACUGCAUUUUAGUUGGGCAGUGCUCCCACCCACCCUUCAGAUCCCUUCCAGCUAAAACCCUUCCCCCUUCCCUCCAUGUGUUUCUCAGUUCCCCGUUCUGUUUGUUGGAUUGUUCCACUGCCCCUCCUCCUCACCCUACCACCCUUGGAUCGUAAUGUAAAAUUCUUUUACCAUGUCAAGAAAUUAUUAAAAAUACAGGUACUUUGACCUCUUUCUAAAGCCGCA